AUGCAUCAUCCUUCUCAUCAUCAACAACAUUAUCAUCCAUAUCGUCAUUAUGAUUGUAAUGCAUUUGCACAGCAACAGUAUUCAUUACCAACAACAACAACAACAACAACAAAUGAACAAUGGUAUUAUCCAUCGACAAAUAUUACUGGAGAUAAUUUUCCUAUAUAUCAGCAUCCACAUCAUCAUUCGAGUUAAAAAUCUAUUUGUCUUUAGCGACCGUCCUUAUUUUUUUACAUUUUAUUUCGCAUGCUCAUAUUGUGAUUGAUCGUUUUUUUUUCUUUCUUUUUGUCGAGUUAAUAACAACUGUAUCUUAUAAAUAUAUAUAAAUGUCGAUGUAUUAUUGUUGAGUGGAACAGUAGCAAAAAAAAAAAAGAACUAAUAUCCAGGCUCGAGUUGUACAUUCUUCUUUUUUUUUUUAAAUAAAAUAAAUUCAGCUGAAUUCAAGUUAAUGUUAAAUUUAUAUUAUAUAUAUAUAUGAAUAAAAUAAAUAUAAUAUGUAUUUGAAAUUUUUUAUUUUAUAUAUCGAUGUAUAAAGAUAAUAAAAACUUGGAAUAUAGGUUAAUGCAAAUAAGAAAAAAAAAGAAUAAUAUUGAAUGAUAAAGAGAUGUUUAGCAUGAACCUUGAAAAUCAUUUUCAUUUUGAUAUUAAUUAUGCAUCUUUUUAUGUAACUUCAAAAUGAUGCUAUUUACAUAACAAAUAUUAUGAAGAUACAACCUUUUUCCUUUUUGAUAGCAUUCUAAGAAUAUUUAGUAGUGAAUUAUAAGUAACUUAUACAUGUCAAUAGAAUAUUUUUGCAAAUGAGGAUAAUUUUAAAUAAUACAGAAAAUAUUCAUUAAUUUAGUUCAUAUUCAUUAUCAUCUAUAUAUUAUCAUAUGAAGAUUUUAUUUUAAAAGAAUGAUGUUUUAAUUGAUUAAAAAGAAAAAGUAGUUUGAAAAUGUGUUUUUAUUUAGUUAUCGAAUAGUCUUGUUCAUUUGUAUUUUGUAAUACAAAUCAAAAGUAUACAAAAUUAACAUUCUAUAUCUGAAUCGAAAUUUCUAGUUCAAACAGAACGCGUCAUUGUACCAAUAAAGUAUAAUCUUCAAGUUGUCUUUGAUUGCAUGAUAUUCUUAUGGUAUUUCAUCCGUAUUUAGCUUUCGAACAGACUUGAAGAAUAAGUAUGUGAGCUACUCAGACAUCGACGACGGAGUAGUAUAUCAGAGUUUUGUGAUUUUUCUUUUUUUUGAUAUGUUUUUGAUGGUGAUAAUUUCGAUAAUCUCUGAAAUUUUCAAUUUGAUUUGAUUACUUCUUCCAACAGCAUUAUUCAAAAUACUCAUGAGAUUUUUGAUUUUCUGAUUUUUUUUAAUCAUUUGUUGCAAAUUUUCUUCGAAAAAAUAACUUUUAUCUUUAUGAUCUUUUAAUUAUAAUUAUUAAUAAUUUCUACUACCACCUAGGAAAUUUGAGAAACUUUCUUUAAUUAAAUAUAAAAUAUAUUGAUAUUGUAAACAGAGCCUUAUAUUUUAUCCUUUUAGACAAUUUAUUAGCAAAAUGCUAAUUGAGCGUGUUUUAUGUAGCAACGAUAAAAUCCUUGAUAUUUCCAUUAGUGAUAGAGCUUGAAAAGUUCUAUCAUCUGUUGUAUUUAGCAAUUUUGUACCAUGAGAAAAAUCAAUUGUCUUUUUCCUAUUAUUUAUAAGAUAUAUUUGAAGCUUCCAACCUAUUUUCCAUAGGUUAUACUUUCUUAACUGCUUUAAGUUUUCUUGUAUGGUUAUCUUUUUGUUAUGGAUAAUAUGAGAGUAUGCAAUUACUAACCCAGACCUUGAAUAUUUUUAGUGUUAACAAAAAAGAUAAUACGUCAAGAGAGAGGGGCAACUUUCAUAGAAAAUAGCAUUAAAAAAAAGGCAAGUAUUUUCAGAUUUUGAUUGUGAAAAGCAGAAAUAAAUCUUAUAUUUGCAAUAAGCAUACAAAACUAUACUAGAAAGCAUAUCUUUCACCGAAAAAUAUUUCCCAUCGAAAUUUCACCUGUAAGAGAGUACAGGAUAAAUUUUUUUAGGUGAAUGAUUGAGUAGAAGUAUAGUAAAAGUUUUCAUAAGAAAUAUUUCAAGAUAAAAAGUAUGUUUUUUUGAUGUAGUGUUGCAUGUUGAUUGUGUAUAUAAGGUUUAUUUCUGAUACAAGUCAACUUUUCGCAACUAAAAUCUGGAAAUACUCUCCUUUUUAUGCUAAUUAAUGGGCUAAAGAUUUUGAGAGAAAAUGUUUGUUUAUUUUUGAUCUCCUGGAAAGCGUUUCCAAUGAGUUAAAAGUGAUAGAUUAGCAUCAAAAUUUUGUUCACUUUUCGGAUGUGUACUUAGAAAUUUUGUCUCAAUUGUGUUUGAGUAUAGUACGGAAAUAUUUGAAAGGUUCUAAAAGUCAAAUUGACGAGUAAACCAAUCAACUUUUGCUAAUUCCUCUAAAUUUCUUUUCGAAAUGCUAAAAAUUAUCUGAGUCGAUCUUUUUUUGUCGAGAGGAUACUUCGUUACAUAAUUUUACAUUGAAAUAAGUGGUAACCUUUAUUCAAGUGAAAUUAUACAAACUUUGUCGACAGCUCCUUUCUAUGCCGAACGAUUUGUGAUCGAAAAGUCCAUUUUUCAAAUAUGAGUGUUUAACAAAAAUGAAAAUUGAAAUAUCCUGUCGAAAGGGAUUGGUGAAAGUUGAGCACGAGGAAAGAUAAGCACGGAAAUGGAAAUUAAUUUCGACAUGGCAUUAAUAAGCAGACGAAUGCUGAGUGUAGAUGUAGGUGGGGAAAGGAGUGUAGAGAGGGUAGGUAAAAGUGAGUGCAGGUGAGGAUGUGCAAGUGGGUGCCGAUGGAAUGGACAGUUGAGUAGAGGUAGAUAUGUGAGGGUCGGUGAGGUAGCCGAGUGGUUAUGAAUGUGCGUCGAUGGACGGGUUAUAUGGAUGUGAAUAGGGAUCAAGUUGUUAUAUACACCUUGCGAGCUCAUAGCCACCUACCCCAUUCACACUCACACUCACUUGCAUCUACACCAACUCACCUUCACCAACAGUCACCCACUCUACAUCUACGCUCAGCAUUCGUCUGCCCCGAAGGGGAAACAGCAGGGAUUUCAGUUGUGAAAUCUUGAAAGUCUGUUGAAGUCCUAUAAAAUCUCUUAAAAUCUUUAGAAAUUUCUUAAAACUUUUUGAAGUUUCGUAAAGCCUUUUGAAGUCUUGCAAAGUCUUGAAAUCUUGAAGUCUGUGGGUUUUUUUCUGGUUAUGAAAUCCCUUAUAGUCUCAUGAAAUCUUUUGAAGUCUUUGGAAGUCCGAUGCAGUCUCAUGAAGUCUUAUGAAGUUCCAUGAAGCCUUUGGGAGUCUCUUGAAGUUCCGAAAAUUCCUUUGAAGUUCUUAAAAGUCUUUCGAAAUCUUUCAAAAAUUUGAAGUUUCUGAUGUUGAAAUCUCUUGAAAUCUUCUGGAGUCUCGUGAAGUCUUGAAAUCUUAAAAUCAGCUGUGUUCCCCCCCCAGACUGCCCAUUAUCACCAUGUCUAAAGUAAUUUCCCUUUUCGUGCUCAACUUUCCGGUGUUGAACUUUCCUUGUGCUUAUCUUCCCGGUGCUUAACUUUCCGUGCUUAUCUUUCUCUGUGCUCAACUUUCCGUGCUUAACUUUCCGUGCUCAUCUUUCCUCGUGCUCAACUUUCCGGUUCCCCCUCUCGUACUAUCCACAAUAAAAAGGUAGCCAUGCAAAAAAACUUUAACCAGUCAAGAAAGUGUAACCUAUGGAAAAUAGGCUGACAACUUCAAAUAUAUCUUAUGAAUAAUAGAAAAAAGAUGAUGGUUCUUAUAAAUAGUAAUUGUUUUUUCGGAUGGUACAGAAUUGUUAAAUACAUCAGACGGCAGAACUUUUCAAGUUCUAUCGUCUGAUGUAUUUAACAAUUCUGUACCAUCCGAAAAAACAAUUACUAUUUAUAAGAACCAUCAUCUUUUUUCUAUUAUUCAUAAGAUAUAUUUGAAGUUGUCAGCCUAUUUUCCAUAGGUUACACUUUCUUGACUGGUUAAAGUUUUUUUGCAUGGCUACCUUUUUAUUGUGGAUAGUACGAGAGGGGGAACCGGAAAGUUGAGCACGAGGAAAGAUGAGCACGGAAAGUUAAGCACGGAAAGUUGAGCACAGAGAAAGAUAAGCACGGAAAGUUAAGCACCGGGAAGAUAAGCACAAGGAAAGUUCAACACCGGAAAGUUGAGCACGAAAAGGGAAAUUACUUUAGACAUGGUGAUAAUGGGCAGUCUGGGGGGGGAACACAGCUGAUUUUAAGAUUUCAAGACUUCACGAGACUCCAGAAGAUUUCAAGAGAUUUCAACAUCAGAAACUUCAAAUUUUUGAAAGAUUUCGAAAGACUUUUAAGAACUUCAAAGGAAUUUUCGGAACUUCAAGAGACUCCCAAAGGCUUCAUGGAACUUCAUAAGACUUCAUGAGACUGCAUCGGACUUCCAAAGACUUCAAAAGAUUUCAUGAGACUAUAAGGGAUUUCAUAACCAGAAAAAAACCCACAGACUUCAAGAUUUCAAGACUUUGCAAGACUUCAAAAGGCUUUACGAAACUUCAAAAAGUUUUAAGAAAUUUCUAAAGAUUUUAAGAGAUUUUAUAGGACUUCAACAGACUUUCAAGAUUUCACAACUGAAAUCC